CUCGCUUCCUUUGCUCAGGGUCAACAAACAUCGAACAGAUAAACACGUGCACGCAUUGGUGCAAGUUUCAUCAGCAUAUACCAGAUACUUAUGCCCAGAAGAAAACAUUCUUUACAGAAGUGAUCACAUAAUUUCAUUACUUAUUUGACAAUAAGUUUACAGACUGUGAGAGAUGUGAGCUGUGUGUCAGCCUGCCACAAACCCAACAUGACGGAGACAAACUUUAAAGUUGCCUUACUGUCUGGAGCAGCAGCUGGUGUUUCCGUAGACCUGUCACUGUUUCCAUUGGAUACCAUCAAGACCCGCCUGCAAAGCCAGCAAGGUUUCUUGAAAGCUGGCGGAUUCCGAGGAAUUUACUCUGGCCUCCUUCCUGUUGUGAUAGGAUCAGCACCUACAGCUGCUCUGUUUUUCUGUACAUAUGAGACGACAAAGACAAUGAUAAGGAAUACCAUGGGUGAGAACUGGGCAACAGCAUCACACAUGAUGGGGGCCUCACUAGGGGAAGUG